UUUGAGCUGCAGCUGCUGUCAGCCUUUGCCCUGACAUUUCCAGAAACCUGUUUGAGUGUUUUCUGCAGGAUGUGUCGCAGCUGCUUCCCACGCUGCUCAAACUUUUUGUAUUUCAGAUGAGAUGCAAAGUCACUUCCUACAAGCUCCUCAAACCUGCGGUGAUCCGCGCAAAUUCACAGCCUGCUGCCUUCACGACUCAUGCUCUUCGGAAGAAAUCGUCAGAAAGAGCCCCAAAUCGCUCUCGGGCGGUUGAUAAGCCGAGGCGGCCUGGAUGCAGUUUGACAGUUUGCUGAAGUUGCAGAUGAAGUUUGAGAUAUCUGAACCUGCCUCAACAGGAAACGAGAGAAAGAGCGCCGCUGACACGCAAGUGAAACCCGCGUCCGUGAAGGUAAAGCUGCUUUUCGUCUGUCAAGAUUGUUCGCUUUAAAUAGAGUUUAGAAACCUCUGAACACGCCUGACCAAUAUCGUCAUACACAACCGGUGGACGCCGCAAAAGCAGCUUUGACCCCACCAUGUUGCCUGGAAGUCUGUGAACUGAGGCGAUGGACAGCCCGUCCUCCACAGUGAGGCGGCGAGCCUGGAUCAACAGCAGCCGACAGUGGCCCACUCUGGAGGAACCUGACCGGACGCUGUGCAGCUUUCAGUCGGCCUCCAUAGCAGACGACGACGUCUUUUCUGAUGGUGGAUGCUUCACAGGAAAGAUUGAGGACUGGCUCCUCGGCUGUGGAUCAGAUGCCUGCAGAGAGAGCAGCGGUCAGCUGAGUUUUGAGUCUGUGCUGCAAGCAAACAACUUAGCUGAUGACCUAAGUCUUGGAGCCGAUGCUUCUGUCUUAAAUACUGGAGGAGUUACAUCUGAAGCUGGCCGGCCGCCGCGACAUCCUUCCCUUAACCAGCGAAGCAGACUCACCAGUACCCCUCGGCAGGGACUAUGUCUGCCGUCACUGAACUUGGGCCACAGCAUGGCUUCCAGCUGCCUCUCCUCCUCCACCUGGAAAACCACAUCAAGUGUAUCAGAGGUCCUGCAGUUGUGCUCAGAGGAUGCCGAGGAGACUCUUUAUGAGCUGGGUUUUGGCUCUGAAGAGCCACAGGUCACCGUGCGGAUCCCUCCUCGCUUCUUCACGUUUCCCUCUCAGGCUCAGGGCAUCAAUUUCCGCCUCUUCCUGGACUCACAGCUGCGACGGAUAAGAGAGGAGGACCCCAGCCUCUCUCUUGCUAGUCGUUUCAGACAAGUGCAAGUGCUCACGGCAAUGGCCAACGCUUUCUAUUCCCUCUACUCCCAUGUGUCCCGCACUCCUCUACAGAAACUGACCACACCAGAGUUUACCUUCUCUUCUCCUGUGGAGAGGAUUGAACGGUUCAGGAGCAACAUUCGCAGCGAGCCGCGGUCUCCGGUGGAGAGGCUGAAGGACACCGUCAACAAGAUGUGCCUCUACACAGGCUCGCCCCGUGGGUCAGACUCCACAUCUCCACAGCCCUCUCCCAGGAAAAGAUCCAGCCUCCCUGAAGUUGUGGAUAUAGUCCUGAAAGUCAAGACUGGGGCUACCAAGAAGCUGGAUUUGGAGGAACAUGACAGGAGCAAUUCAACUGUGGAUGUUGGGCUGAUCACAGACGAUGAAACACUGUGUUAUAGUGGGAAGGAAGUGCAAACACAGCAGACAAUGGCGGAUACAGAGAUUCAUCAGAAUGAAAAUAAAAUCUGUCCGAAAAAGAUGCAGGACCAAAAACAAACAGAUAAUGUUAAUAGUGAUGAAAACAGUGUCAAACAAACAGACCUGGACAGGAUGAAUCACAAUGUGAGAACAUCUGUAGCGUCAUCGCUAUCAGGAGAAACUGUGAUAGAAACAGAACAUCCGUUGCUUUCAUGUCCACCAGAACUGGACCCGUGUUUGGUUCAAAGUAACUCAAGGACAGCUGAGCGAGAACCUGUUGCCAAGGCUACAUAUGAUCUAAUCUGUCCGCAGAUAGUCGAGAGUGUACACCAAGCGCCUUUCCGCCAUCAAAACACACACAGUCGGAACAGUUUACUUCAUGUCUCCUCUGGUUUAAAAGGUACAGAUAGAUCAUGUUCUAGAGCACACAAACCAAAUAGACAAACCGCAAUCUCUGAGCCUCAUGACGACUCAUACACCGACAACAUAACCUCUUCAGGAGAGGCCACACAGGUGGAUACAGCCACAUCACUUCCUGUCCUGGAGCCCAGUGGCAGCUGCACUCAUUACUGUAUCACUGUAACCGGCUGGGAAGAGGAUGAUGUGUCUUUGUGUUCUUUGAACACACCAGAUUCCUGUCAUGCUUCACCUGACUCAUCUGUCCAGACAUGUGCAGAGACAGUUAAUGAAGGGGAAAGAUGCUACCUGAAUCCUGUGGCACAUCAGGGCCUGAACCACGUCUCCAAUAACCUUCAGGAGGCUAACUCCUUUGAGCUGGAAGAGGUGCAUAGCGCAGGAGAAGAAGAAAUGGGACCAUCACAAACUACAAGAACGUCAACCUUGUCAUUAUCCAAGAAACAACAAUACAAAGGUGAAGUGGUCCGCGGUGACAGCAUGCAGUCCGACAGCAGCGGCUACGCAGACGAAGAAGUCACUCCCUUAUCAGACAGACACAUCAGAUGACAGAAAACCCCAUGGAAACAAUUUGCACAGCAGCAUUUCUCAUCUGUGAGCCUUUUCCUGCACUGAAGAUUUAAGGUUGUAAAACUAGUGAUUGUGAAAGUGCUUCAAAGCAAGGACUUUUAAGUUAAACAGCUACAAAAGAUGAAAAUGUCAGACUGUAAGACUGACGUGAAGUUUUCAGAAGCUCUACACUCAAGAAGCUUUUCUUCUAAUAAGGAAAGUUUGGAGCAAAGCAUUAUGCUUUUCACAAGUACUCAUACUAAACACAGAAUAUUUUUAUUAAUGCUUAUUGUACAUAAGUAAAGUCAAAGGUUUUAAAGAAACACAAUGUAGACCAUACGUUACCAUAUGAAGGACUAUAUUCAAUUCAUUACGACAACAGUAAAAUGGACAAAAAAUGUUUUAUUGAAAACAAUUUCCCAUAAAGCUUGUAUUUCAUUUA